AUGAAACAAAUUUCGAUCAAUUAGACAAAUCCUUCAGAAAAAUUAGAGUAUCGGUUAAUCAUCUACCAGGUAAAGAAAAAGUUGUUAGAGAAGUCUAGGUUUUGCCUAAGAACGAAGGAGACCAUGUAUUCCGACCAGCAACUUAUUCAUAUUAGCUUGAAUAAGGAGACUCUCCAGUCAGAUAUCAAGGUGUUACAAAACUUAUGGAUGUUGUUCGCUUUAUUCUCAUCGAUUACAGUAGGUAUACCCUUCAUUCUAUGGAGAAUGGCUAAGAGCUAAAGAGAAUCUAGAGAAUAAUAAAACUAACAACCUUCAGAGAAAAAGGCAAGCAGCUAAGGUAGUAAAAAAGCUAAAAGAUCAUGA